GUCAAACACCUUUGUGAAACGACAGAAAUAUAAAUUCUAUUUUUCUUCUGCCAAAUCUAAGCUCAUUUUUUCUCUCCAAAAAUGGCUGACAGAGUUCACCCUUCAGCUAAGCCAAAUGGCAAUGCCACCAAUAUUGCCGCUGGCGCUGGCGCUGGCGUCAAUCCCAAAGCCGCCGCAAAACCGCAGCAAUUUCCUCCUCCGGCGGCGAAGAACCAAAUGUACAAUCCGAAUCGCAUCCCUUACCGACCAACUCCAACUGCCUACCACCGACACAACCGCCGCCGUUGCACCUGCCGUCGGUGCUUCUGCUUCUGCUGUUUCUGGUCACUCCUCCUCAUCUGCACCGUCCUCCUCCUCGCCGCAAUCGCCGGCGCCGGUUUCUACUUCCUAUUCCGCCCAAAACCUCCGGCAUUCUCCGUCUCCUCACUCAAAAUCAUCCAAUUCAAACUCACUACUACCUCCGACGACACUACACACCUCACCGUUAAGCUCAAUCUCACACUCUCCACUAAAAACCCUAACAAAAAGCUGAUUUACAACUACGAUCCUAUUUCCUUAACUGUGAACUCGAAUUCAGUUCUACUAGCUAAUGGAUCGUUCACAGGAUUCAGCAGCGGUCCAAAUAACAUCACGAUCAUUCACUCAACUCUAUCAAUGGCGUCUCAAGUGCUCGAUGCGGAUUCAAUUUCAUCGUUGAAAUCAGAUCUGAAGAGAAAAAAUGGAUUACCGAUGAAGAUCUUGUUGGAUACAAUGGUGUUGGCGAAAAUGGAUAAACUGAAAAGUAAGGAAGUCGGGAUCAGAGUUACUUGUGACGGAAUCCAUGGAAGAAUUCCGACGGGGAAAACUCCGGCGGUGGCUUCAACUACAAAUGCUAAAUGUAAGGCUGAUUUACGCAUGAAGAUCUUAAAAUGGACCUUCUAAUUAUUUUUUGGGGUGAGUGAAGGGUGAAAAACGCACCUAAAUUAUCUCGGUGAAUUAUUUAUUGGGUGUGGAAGUUUUUUUUUAUCUGAAGUAUGAUCAAAUAUUUAUCGAAUCACACGUUAAUCAUAAUGUAUUCACUUUUUUCUACCUUAACAUCGUAAUAAUUCAGGUAGAAAAUGUGAAUAGUUAUAGUUGAGGUAUGUUUUGAUAAAUAAUUGGUACUAAUUCAGGUAGAAAAAGUAAACACGUGAUAAUUUGGAUAGAAAAUUCAAAAAAUUGAGGUAGUUAAAUGGGUUUUUGAUUCUCAACUCUUUUUGCGUUGUUUUUAUUUUUAUUUAUCAAUUAUUUGCUUGAUUUCUGCAAUUUAUUCAUAAUAUUAUACUAUUAUGUAGUAGAGAUAAGGCAAAUGGAGGGAGAAAAUGGUGUUAUGUAGAUUUUUUUUGGUGAAAUAUUGAGAGUUUGAUAUAAUUUUAAUGUACCAAAAAGCAAACAAAAAAAAAGAGUUUGAUAUAUU